GCCACCUCGGCCCGGCGCGCGGCGCGGCGCGGCGCAGCCAUGGAGCCGGAGCCGGAGCGCGAGUGCCGGGUGCUCUCCAUCCAGAGCCACGUCGUCCGCGGCUACGUGGGCAACAAGGCGGCCACCUUUCCCUUGCAGGUUUUGGGAUUUGAAGUUGACACAGUGAACUCGGUCCAGUUUUCAAACCACACAGGUUAUGCCCACUGGAAGGGUCAGGUGUUAAAUUCAGAAGAACUUCAUGAACUAUAUGAAGGACUAAAGCUGAACAAGGUCAACCGAUAUGAUUAUGUACUCACAGGGUAUACAAGGGAUACAUCGUUUCUUGCGAUGGUGGUGGAUAUUGUCCAGGAGUUGAAGCAACAGAAUUCUAACCUAGUGUAUGUCUGCGAUCCGGUGAUGGGUGACAAGUGGAAUGGAGAAGGCUCUAUGUAUGUGCCCAAGGAUCUCCUCCCAGUCUACAGGGACAAAGUUGUACCUGUUGCUGACAUAAUUACUCCUAACCAGUUUGAAGCUGAGUUACUCACGGGCAGGAAGAUUCACACAGAAAAAGAAGCUUUAGAGGUAAUGGAUAUGCUCCAUACCAUGGGACCAGAGACUGUGGUGAUCACAAGCUCAGAUCUACAGGGGCCUCUAGGAAAUGACUACCUAAUUGCUCUGGGAAGCCACAGAAAAACUAAAGCAGAUGGUACCAGGAUAACACAAAGAAUUCGAGUGGAGUCUCCUAAAGUGGAUGCUGUCUUUGUUGGAACAGGAGACUUGUUUGCUGCUAUGCUUUUGGCAUGGACACAUAAGCAUCCAAACAAUUUGAAGGUGGCAUGUGAAAAGACCGUGUCAGCCAUGCAACAUGUUCUGCAAAGGACCAUUAAGAGUGCCAAAGCACAAGCUGGAGAAGGAAACAAACCGAGCUCAGCCCAACUGGAACUGAGAAUGGUCCAAAGCAAAAUGGACAUAGAAAACCCAGAGAUCAUAGUGAAAGCCACCGUGUUAUAAAGGCUGUACGUCUCCAAUAACGCACAAUGUAUUGAUGUCCUCAUUUCUUUCCUGUAAAUUGUAAUAUUUGCCUUAGAUCUGUGACAGAAACCUGACUUUCAUGAAAUAGUGCCCAGCAUAGGCAGAUAUCCACUCUCAAACAUAUGUGCUGGCCUUGCUCGGUUUUAAAACAAAUCAGUUAGUGUGCAUUGAAGCAUAUUACCAGGUAUCAAAAUGGCUGUCAAAUUCACUUAGUCUGUGUAAUUACCCAGGGCAAGAGAGUACAAUGUUCCUGCCUUGCCAAAGACUUCAGAUGUGAAUUUGCUGGUGGAAUGCUUGACUGACUGGAAAAAAUAUAUUUCAGGAUGGCAUCUAGUGCCAAUGGAGCUGGCUCCAUGCUCCUUUUUCCUGGAGAUAUCUGGUUACCUACUCUGGUAUUCAGUAUCUCAGCUGCUAUGAAACUAAGCAGGGUUAAACUACACACAAAGUUCUGGUUGUGUGUAGAAAUACUUUGAAGAUGUUUGGCAUUUAAGUACUCUGAAGUGGCCUUGAGGUGUCGUCAUUCAUGUUACUGAUAACUGCUUCUGUUUCUUGUCUAUGAACAGCUGCACAGUUUCAGUUUCUGCAGGUACUGGCUGCUUAUUUCUAAUGUCUGUGGGUGCCCACGUGAUUUUCUUCCAAAAGCUGCUCCAGAAACAUCUUUGUUAAUAAUAUCUUUAUCCAGUAACACUGACGAGAAGGUUGUAGUUCUACCUCCAAGGACAGAUUUGACUUAUUUGUUUAGUUUUUGACCAAGGACAACCAUUCUGUAAGGAGGAAAGAGAAAACAGCUCUCACCCUGAAAACUGGAUACCUUGUUUUGGUCUUCAUGGGUGGUGGUAUUUGCAGACUCCAUAGGGCCCUUCCAUGUAACAAUAGUGAGCUCUAUUGGCAGGUUUUUAUCAAUGAAGCGAUGUGGUGAAAGCAAUAUUUUUAGUUUGAUUUAGUUGUAUUCACCAAAUGCAGUGAGUCAUCCAAAAUUAAUUUACACGUAAUGUAAAUCUCUGCAGCCUAUGCUGAUGAGAGAUGACAGAAAUACAUCAUUAUUACUGUCUCUUUAUUUCAAAAUUCUGCCUCAUAAGGCUUCAAAAUAGGAUUCUUAAUAAUUUCAGUGUUCUGUACAUCACGUCCCCUUAUUAUACCAGUAGGGCAGAUACAGUGACAGGAGAUGACCACUCAUACUUUUGUGUGAUUUCUGUAAGGGACAGAGGUUCUUGCUUCUCCCAGGAUGAAGUCUAGUGUGUUGUUAAAUCCAAAUUCAGGUGAUGGCAGCACAGGGAGGUUAAAAUUGCAUUUCUACUUACAGUGACACAAAGCAAAUUUCCAUUAGAAGAAGGGGAUGAGUUUUUCUUGAUUACCAGAGUAUGCUCAGGAAACUCAUUCUUGCCUAAGUCCCAAGUACCCUUCCUGCAUCUUCCUCAUCACACCUGCCUAACUCAUAAAUGUCUUGGGAGGCCCCAGAAGAGCUGGUAUGGAGAUUGCUUUGGACGCUUAAGUCUUUAUUUGUAGAUUUUUUGCCAUUUUAAAAAUUGAGUUCACCCAGUAGAAGAGGAGUUUAUCCCCAAUGUGAAUUUUUAGCUGAGUGGAUUUUUUUUUUUUUCCACAGAGUAAAAUUCCAAAAUUAGGACAUUUCUGAAAUCCUUCAUUUUCAGUAUCUCUGAAGCAAACGAAACUUAAGAGCUGAGCACAUUUUGCAGUAAAUGUAAGAGGCAAACUUUAGGCUUUCACUCUCAACAACUAGUAAGAAUUUUAUUUUCUCUCAUGCAUUUGGCAUUAAAAAUAAAUCCAUAUGACUUGAGAAUUUUAAAGGGGAAAAAACCCUAGAAAUGACCUACAAAACGUGAUUCUACUGCCACCAUUUUUGGUAAUCACUGCUAUGAAAUAACUUUCUAGCAAUAAUAAUUUUGAGGAUGUGAACCAUUGCUAAAAUUAGCAGUCAGUAACAGAGAUGAGCUCAUGGCUAAUACCCAGUAUUUAAAAUGCCAUGAUCUAUCUUAACAAUGUGUAUAAAUAUUUGAUGGUAAGCAGUGAAGAAGGAGCCAGGCUCUUCUCAGUGGUGCCCAGUGAAGGGGUAACAGCUAACGGGCACAAGCUGAACUACAGUAAACUCCAUUUAAACAUUAAACAAACGUAAUUCACUGUGAGGAUGAUCAAAAACUGGCACAAGUUGCCCAGAGAGAUUAUAGAGCCUCCGUCCUUGGAGAUACUCAAAACCUGACUGAAGGUGACCCUGAGCAACCUGCUGUACCUGACCCUUCUUGCGCAGCGGGGUUGGACCAGGUGAUCUCCAGAGGUCCCUUCCAACCUCAAUCAUCCUGUGAUUCUGUGAAACCACAGCAAAUUGCCUUUCUUUGCAGCACUGUGUCUUUAAAUCAGUCCAAAUAAUUAUUUUUUUUUUUCUUUCCAAGUCAUAAACUUCCACACAGGCUAGGAAAUAGCUCAGUAUUCAUCAUUUUCCCCCUUUUUAGAUCAGCUGCUCUUUGCUUGGGCAGUUGUGCCAGGAAUACAGUUGCCUUUUUUUGAGACAGUUCCUUUCAGCAAAGAUAUUUGAAUUCUUUAUCUGGUGAUCUGUCUCAACAGUCAAACACAAAAGGAAUUUAACUGUUUCUUGCAUGAGUUAAAGAAGGAUUGCAUGCCACAUUCCAGACAUAGCUAUGAGUUUAUCUUGAAAAUGAGACUGUUUCACUUGGAAUCAUAUUGUCCUUGUCAUCCUCUUGGGAAGACCGACAUACUGAACUUCUCUGCCUGUACAUGUCAUCAUCGACUUUGUGGCAUUACACUUGACACCUUCACCCAGCUGUACCCAGUUUUGCAGCUCCUAUGGGUGAGAUAAAAAGCUUUGAGACCUCUGCUGUGUCCCUCAGGUUGCCAAGAAUGAGAUAAAUGAAGCAGUUCACAUGCAGUAAAUGACGUUUGAUUCCUGCUGUCCUGUGGCUUCAUACAUUUUAUCUGGGUCUGGAAGAGGCUCCUAACGCACUGUGUUCCGUAGCCAGGGCUGUGGAUUGCCCAACAGCCCCUCCACCAGCAUUAGCUUCAUUGCCAGCCACAUAACACUGCCUGGUUUGGAAGCUGCAUGGGGCUAAAUAGAGAGCUGUAGGAUGACCAUCACCACACUAGUGCAAUGCAAAAUUGAGGUUCUUCAGUUCUUCGCAUCAAGGGAUCAAUACCAGAGAGAAGUUUAGUUGUUAGCAGCAACAAGUAUGCAGUGUCAAAAUUUGCUGUCAGAGAAACCCUACCUGUUAUAAGCAUGUGCUACAGAAAAGACCUUGUAGUAGCCAGCUUGAGACAGCAGCAUUAUUUUUUGCCACUAGAAAAAAAAUACAUAUUCAUAAGGGGAUUGAGAGAAAGGCAAGGGCUGUUUUUCUUUGAAAUACAACAGCUUGGAAUUUAGGACACUUAAAGCUACCUUGCAAAUGAGGUUUUCUCUGUAAAACCGUAAUGAACAGUAACCUUGCCAUAAAAGAGAAAGUGAUAUGUUUGUUGGAGCAGCUUCUAUCUUUCAGGUGUGAUCUUUUCCCAUUGCUUCAAAGAAUGGAUCAGUUCAGUAAUUCACACCUUCCUUAGUAUCUGUGACACAGCCAUGUGAAAAAAGAAAGGAAAAAUAAGGGUAAGGGUACCAGUGUGUUCAAUUUGCAAACAUUCAUAUUUUGCAGUAGCUGGGUUCGGUAGCAAUGGGCUGCUAGCUUCUUCUGCUUAAGUCCCUGGGAGACACUCAUGUGGUACCUGUUUUAAACUCCCACUGAUCUCAUCUUAGUUGGGUCAGAUUUCUGUCUUCAGUGAAGAACACGGCUUAACAUCUCUUGCCAGGAACAGACAUCAGAAAUGAUCUGUAAAUAUAUUCUGUAGCUAACCUUUUGUAGUCACGGUGCGCUAACAGGUGUUUUUGAAUGUCAAGGUAUGCACACAAAACACUUGGAAGAAUUUUUAUUUGAUCAGAGUUAAACAGCCCUUUUUCAUCAUUUGCAGAACAACUUUCAAAGAACUCAGCACAGUCCUAUCCAAUCUUUUAUUCCCCCCUCCCACAUAAAAUAUCUGUAUCUGUUUCUGAGUUCCUGCUGUCUUUUCUGAUGCAGCUGGGAAGUGUCUCAGACAGCUGCCCACUAUUUAUUAAGGGCUCGAGGGAAACUUACCAGAGUUGUCUGGUCCACUUGCAGAUCCUUAGGUAAAGAAAAACGGUGAAUCUAAACUAGUUAAAGUCCCAAUCGAUUACGGAAGAAUGAGCACUUUAGUCCAGAGACUGGAGUCAAUAAGUAAUAGAUCAUCUUCCAUGGCUGUCCUAACAGCAUGACGGGUGUCUGUAACACAGUUAGGGACUGCUGACUUCAGUGCCACAUGUGCUCCCGUGUGUACCUGUGAGGGCAGCAGCAAAGGGCACUUCUGGUGCUGAAGCCCGUGUGUGCAUGGGAGCGGUGAAUGAUUUGGCUUCCUGUUCAGUCCGACUUCCCCACCAUUCUCUUUUCUUAUUAGAAGUAAUUUGUGUUGGAUCCCGUUUUUCUUUCUGGAAUGAACUUUGCGGUGUAUGUGAUCAGCCAUUUUGAUUACUGCAGGUGCAUUCAUUUGCAGAGCCAUCGGGCGGGAGGGACCACAAUUUGCUUACAAGCAAUCUCCUCUAUUCUGGGCCUGGAUUAGUCUCUACGUGCUUAAGAUUUCCCACAUACCUCUUUGGGAGACACGCAUAAAGACAUUGUGCUGAAAUCAAUGCUAUUCACACUCGAUAGGAGCAUUUAAGAAAUCUACAGUGUGAAUUGUUUAUGUUUGUUUGCUGAUUUUUAUCCUAAGUGGGAGAAAUCUGUAAUCAAUGUGUUACACAAAAGAAUCAAAGGACCAAGGUUCCCAGCUACUCAUACUGCCUUUUUGAGUAUCUUCUCCGUGUCUUGGUUGGAUGGUGUUCAUUUGUUGUCUGAGACUGUUAUGGUGAUUGUAUUGAUUUAUUUUAUUUUAAAAUAUGUGGCAAGGAAGAUUGUAAUAAAAGCAUCUGCAUUUAAUAUACUGUGCACACACAAA